AUGUCGACGGGGGCACCGUUGCUGAGCGUGGAUCUCACACCACCCUCCAAUGAACUCAAUCAUAAUCAUGGUCACAGUCGCAGCCGUGGCCACUCUCGAUCCAACCGCUGGGCACAACCUCCGCCUCCCCUUUCACAGCCAGCCAAUGCCAGCUUUCCUGAACUCCCGGAACCAAUCAAUGCUGUGAACUCGAGUUAUUCAUAUGGACAUACACAUCAACCAUCGAGCCAAGGUCACCAUGGGCACUCGCACUCGCACUCGCACUCCAAUGCACACCACAAUCAUAACCAUAGUGUGUCAUCUCUUCACCAUGAUGUGCUAGAUGACCACCAUUUGAAAGACUCCAAUGGCGUUUAUGGAAUGUUAUCCACGGAUACUACUAUAAAAGCGAACUAUAGUUCAGAGAAGACCUACGAGAUUUUGACCAGUGCACUCAUCGUGCUGCCGUGGGUGGCGCUUUCUUGGUACCAGAGACAAUUCACCCAAAAGCAAAAGCUCUCCGGCGAAGGUAUACCCGGUACGACAGCGAGUAUUCCUAUCGGACAAGUUGGUCAAAAGACCUGCAUUUUAACAGCCAUCACGCUCAUCCUCUUCGGCUGUGGUCAAAUACUACGGACCAACUACCAAAAGGCUGACUCGUCCACGCCAUCAUCGGUGAAUUUGCCCAAACUAAAUGUGAAGAGUGCUCAGGCUUCACUUUCACAAAUUGUCUCAGUGGCACUGCCAAUAUUUGCAGCACUCAAGCUCGGGGGCUUUUUGGUUGCAUUUUCACUGCUCCUUGCGACAGCAUCAGGGUUCCCAGCCAUCAUCAAUGGGACCUCACACACCCAAGAGAAAUACAGUCGAAAAAUCCUGUCCAUUGCCCUGCUAGUGGUUGUCAUUAUAUCGAGUUUCCUUGGGCUGAACCAUCCUUGGGAUGUAUCCCCAAUCAUCGGAUAUGCUGCCCUAUUAGGAUCUGUGUUUGGUGCUCCUCCCCCAUUCCCAUCCCUCCGUCGCAAUGGACCUAUUCCGGAACCAGGUCUCGUUGCUGUACAGAGCAAGGCUUCACACCGGAGCCACUUAUCCGCUAUGGUCACAACCGAUGCACCACUAGCCGUUAUAGCCGGGUCCUCCCUUGCACUUCUGACCAUACUUUUCAACCGAGAUGACUUGCUCAUGUCUUAUGCCACACGGGCUAUUUUGGCUACGGCCUCUUUCUUCGCCUCUCGAAGGGAUGACAGCCAUUUGCAUCUGGAUACGCAUGCGCAUAACCACACGCACAGCCAUUCACAUUCGCACGCUACCUCGGAAUCCUCCCGAGUAUCAAAGUGGCUUCUCCAUAAAAGCGAACCAUAUCCGUUGCUACACAGCAUUCUCAAGGAGAAGGAUUCUCGUAGCAUUUUCUACUUUAUGUGCCUAAAUUUCACUUUUAUGCUUGUUCAAUUGUCAUAUGGAUUCCUGACUGGAUCACUGGGACUGCUUAGCGACAGUAUUCACAUGUUCUUCGAUUGUCUUGCGCUUGUGGUUGGUCUAUGUGCUGCAGUCAUGAGCAAGUGGCCCCCAAACGCCCGAUUCCCCUACGGCUAUGGCAAAGUUGACACUUUGUCAGGAUUUGCCAACGGGAUUUUUCUCAUGAUUAUCAGCGUGGAGAUCAUUUACGAAGCGGUGGAACGGCUCUCAUCGGGGAGUGAGAUGCACCGUCUAGGUGAGCUAUUGAUCGUCAGCAUUGCUGGCCUCGCAGUCAACUUGGUCGGAAUCUUCAGCUUCGAGCACGGUCAUGCUCAUCACGGCCAUGAUCAUGGUCACGAUCAUUCUCAUGGCAAUGAGAACAUGCACGGCAUCUUCUUGCACAUUCUUGCCGAUACGCUUGGUUCAGUGGCAGUCGUCAUUUCAACCAUUCUCGUGCAUUACUCCGGUUGGGCUGGUUACGACCCAUUGGCAUCAUGCUUCAUCGCCAUAUUGAUUUUCGCCUCGGCCGUUCCUUUAGUUAGCAGUACGGCCAAGACAUUGCUACUCACUUUGCCAGCCGACACCGAAUACAAUCUUCGUGAAACACUAGCGGGAGUCAGCACUUUGAGAGGCGUGGUUAGUUACACGGUGCCAAAAUUCUGGCUUGAUGAUACAGGAGCGGUGUCCUCCGGGCAUAGCCAUUCCCAUGACCAUUCCAGCCAUGGGGGUUGUGAGCAUCACCAUGAUCAUAGCCAUAGCCAACACCAUCAUGGUCAUGAUCAUGAUCAUGAGCAGCACCACGGCCACGAUCACACCCAUGACCAUGACCAUAGCCACAAUCACGAUCACGAUCAUACGCAUGAGAAAAAACCCCAGAACAUCUUUGGGGUGAUGCACGUCGUCGCUUCUCGGGGCGCGGAUUUGGAAGAUGUACGUCAACGGACCGUCGACUUCCUCCGAGAGAAAAACAUGGAUACUCUCGUCCAAGUUGAGCGUGACGGGGAUGCACGCUGCUGGUGUACUGGUGGAAGCAAGGGCUUUUGA